AUGACAACAACAACACCAACAACAACAACAUUUGAAACGAAAGUGUACGAUGUCACGUACAAGGGGGAACCGGGUCGACUGACAUUGGCCAACAAGUUUUUCCACUAUGAAGCCAACUUUAUCGAAGCGACGAUCAAAUGCAGUUGGGCCCGUGUAGACCGGCGUCAAUUGUCUCCUCCCGGAGCGGAUAACUACUUGAUCAAGCUAGUACUGGCAUCUGGGAAAACGGCUGUUUUUGAAGUGGAAACAUUGCCCAUUUUGUUAAAGUUAGUCAAAGAUGUCAAGGCACGCAUGGAAGCCAACAAGCCCAAAGAAGACAGUGAAGAGCAAGCAAAAAAGCCCGAAGCAUUCCAAGACGAAGAGGAGACGAAACGACAAAAGAAAAAGAAUCGGUUUUCCGUCAAUACCGAGUACAUUUCCAUGAAAGACUUGAGCAAAGAUCCCAGUACCGAGAACUCUACGGAAGGUCCCGACAAUAAUGAUGUUGAACAGGGCAAGCAACCAGACGACAAGGACAAUAAGGACAAUAAGGACAAAAUGAAGGACGCGAGUCAUCGACGAUCCCAACUACGCCGUUCCAAUCGCGCCAAUAGUCGCCGUCGAAACUCUUCCAAAGGACCGCACCCACCCGUCCUCGCAGGACAAGACCCCUAUUUGAGUCAAGCCCACGACAAACGCGACGAUUCACGACGGACCAUUUGCUACUGUCCCUGGGAUUCCGUUUGGUGUUGGAUGUGUCUGUGUGUGUUUCUCGCGUUGGUCGUCACCAUUAUUGUACUCGUGGUCCUCUUUGUCAUUCCGAAUGACAAUAACAAUAACAACAAUCCGUGGAUCCGCAACUAUCAACCCAAACAAGGACCCCUCUGUAAAGACGUCACGGACGAUUUGUCCAAGUGUCCUCCUGACGAUGGUAUGGAAUAUCGCUAUGGCAUUCGAUCGGUCGAAUACAAUUGGGGACCCGACAAUGUGCGGUUGGAAUAUGCCAUUAGCGAUUAUAUACUCGAUACGAGUAUGGACUUUUUCGUCAUGGACGGCGUCAAUUGUCGCGGCAGUGACGAUAAAAAUGUCCCGAAAGAAACGCCAUGGUUAAAAUUUCAACUCGUCGAUGGCGCACCGGAAGAUGGCGGGCCCAAUGUCUACAAUGAAGGACGAGGGACACGACAAUUUGAUAUUGAUAUUGAUUUGCUGGCGUCCAGCAAUCAACUCGCCACGGCACCCUUUUAUUUUCCCAAUACGGCAGGAGACAACAAGGCGUUUUUACGAUUGUGUGUCAAUUUUCAAGUCUUUUACAAUCGAUUAGAGGGAUUUACAGAACGAAAAGAGGUCAACUACAUUGAAAAUGCUCUCGAGUUGAACAUGGACGUUUCCAAUCCCCUUCCCGUCAUUACAGACGUACUCGUCAAAACUGUCACUAGGCCAUCCUAUUAG